AAGGGUCGACAACUAUACAAGUGAUGCCAAUGGCUAAAUGCAGAGAAGAUGUCUUGUGUGGUAGAUGUGAUUCGCUUUCAGCGUCCACAGAGGAGUGACCAGAGCUUGUUUGUGUCCAACCUGCCCUCAGAAGUAUCCAGUGAUGAGUUGUGGGCCUCCCUGCACUCAGCCUUCUCUCAGUUUGGGCUAGUUCAUAAAAUUACCAUUCCUGACAAAGGAGAUCACAAGUACGGGUUUGUUAGCUUCUACUCUUCGUACUCUUGCAGCUCUGCUCAGCGAUGCCUUGACAAGCAGUUGAUCCUGGCAGGGCACACACUCAGGGUGGUGUGCUGUAGAGAGCGUGCAGUAGGUCCAAUAUCUCCCCUCCACAUCAGUGACUGUGUGGCCCUAGCCAACCAUUACCUGGGCUUCAAUGGAUGGAGCUCUAGCAUCACUUCACUCACCAGCUCUGAUGAGGAGUGGAUGUGCCAGGCUUCUGUACGUGUGAGGACAUGGGAUGUAGAGAGUAGAGGCACAGGAACCAUCUCCAGGGAAAAUAAAGAUGGUACAGGCACAGGGAGAGUGUUGGAGGGAGGGGCUCAGAAAGUGUCGGUCAACAGAGCUUGUGCGGAUGCGUUCUCUCGACUGGUGCUUUGUGUUGUCCAGCCAGGGGAGAAGAUGGCUGCUGUCAAGACCCUUCAACACGAACACUUGCCACCCAAUCAUGAACAACCCCAGUCAUGUUCAUAACUGUGUCCACUUGCCACCCAAUCACAUUAUUUAUCACAGUGACAGUGCAUGGAUUCUUAUUCCUCAUCACGUAUAUACAAAAAUUAUUUAAAUUGAACCCUCA